AUGAAGGUUUGUAUGUUGCGUCUACGCAUGCCCCCCGCGUAUAGAGCUUUUUGCUCGAGCGUGUGUGCAGAGAAAUCCACGCAGCCGACUAGCGCCUGUCUCUGUUUCGUCUUCUUUGUGUAUUCGACUCCGGGCGACCGUUUUCGUCUCUUGAACGUAUCUCCUUCGACUCACAUGGUUUUGAACUUGGAGGAACUGUUUAUUUUUUCACAACAAGCGCCAGGGUCGAGGGAGUCUGUGGCGCUGCACUCGCCGUCCAUCGAGCGCGCCGCCACGAGGAAUCUGGAGCGCUACUGCGGAUCGUGGCAGUCGAAGUGGAAAGGAUCUUUCAAGGUUGUUUCCUCCGAGAAAACCUCCAAGGAAGGUAGCGUUUCCUUCCACUCUACUUCGGCAUGCACAUGCGCAUGUUUCUUCAUCACUGCGGUGGAGGGAAUCUUCUUUCAGAAAAGGGGAACUCGAGUACAGGGUGAGUUGCACUGUCUCGCAGCGCACAGGACGAUGGCCUCCCGUCUGGAGAAGAAUCUUUUGUUUGUCGGUCGACACUAGAAGAGUUGGAAUGAUUUUUCGCAGGGCGUACUUGAAACUAAACACACAUUCUGUCUGGUUGACUGAAUUCUCUUGUGCGGAAAGCGUCACUCUUUCCGCGGGUCUUGCCACUGCAGUCGACCGCGUCUCGCUUCAGCGUGGCUUCCUCCUUCGACGCUUUCUGCCCACCAAAAAACUCCAACCUCAAAAUGCCUUGAUCUAGCUUCGCCUCUCUCUCCUUUAACACCCGGCCAACACAGCCUCGUCGCUGCUGUUUCGGUGCUUCCUCAUCUCUUCUUCGUCGAUGACUCGCCAGAUGUCUCCACAGA